ACAAGUCCCAAAACAAAAUGUACACUCAAAGUGAAAGCGAAAUGGAAUUCAGAAAAGAUUCAAUUUUAAAAAGAAAAAUGCAAGGACUCAAAAAAAUGUAUAAAGGCCAAGAAAAAUUAACAAAACUCCAAGCAAUCGUAAGAGUCCACCAUACAAAGUGACACAAUGGGAAGAGCCCAGGGGACCCCAGACCAGUGGCCUCAGCAGGGGGUGACGCAGGGCAGGAGAGGCAGAUGUGCUGAGCCCACCAGGACCCCCACAGGUCGGUUUGUUCACCUUCCCCUCCUCCAGUACGGUUAUUUUUUUUUAGGUUCAUGUGGUCAACAUUACAGUGUGUGAAAAUGAACCCCCGGCACAUUUCAGAUUAAAUUGUGACCCGCUACAGGAAUGGCUGUCAGUCUGAUACAUGUGUGCCACUGCCGCCUGCACUUUUUAAGGAGUGUUUCUCUGGGGGUCUUCACUUUUUGACUCGUUUUUGAUGAUGAUGAUGAUCACAAUUUUUUCCUGUUUGUACGCCAUCGCAUUUCAAACCAUCAGACACAAGGUAAGCUUCUCAGUGGCGGGGAGCUGCCGAUAGCCAUGGGGCGCCACCUUUGCCUCUUCUUUUUCUACAUUUCCAGGUGUCGCUCAGCUGUGCCUCAGAUUUCCUCCCAAGUGGCUCUCAGUGAGCUGACCGGGUAGCUAAACCCAUUAGUUGGGUUAAAUUCACAAGAUGAACUUUGAUCGGUGGUCUGGAGCUUUGCCUGCCUCAUAAACCGAGCAGGACUGGCACUUGACAAAGAGAGGGGGCAUCAGGGUAUGCAGUGGCUGUCGUGACACGUGGACAGAGAGGGUGGCCAGCAGUCCAAGGCACAGACCUUUCUGUUAACUUUAAUUUGACCAAUGACAUCAACACAUACAAAUGGCUGACAGCCACACAAUAUUAGAAGGUUUUUCUCAUCUUCUGUAAGGAUUGUAAUGACAUUGAGAUUGUAAAUUGAGGCCAAAAGGCAGGAUGCCCCUUUAGUGUUUACUUGAUCUGUGCAUUUUUUACUUUCACAUUUCAGCUUAAUGUGGCUGGCACUAGUUUUUCAUCCAUGAGGUGGCCAGUUUGAUGCAAUGUCAGCCCAAAUAUCCAGACAGCUCAGUCCCGGCGAUGAGGACCGAUGACAGUAAGUGGAGUGACCUCCCGGCCUAUUUCUGAAGUCUGAGCUGUGACCUCUGCCCGUUUGAUCAGAUGCCAGUCUGGGGUUGGCUUGGCCGCUGUCGAACUCACAUGAGCUGCCAUGCUGGCUCCUUGGAUUAGGUGCCAAUCUAGAGGUCUGUUGCUCUCUGUUUGUACGAGACCUGUCCCUACCCUGGGCCUGCGGUCGCUGGUCACACCAUCCAGUCCACCCCUGAAGUGACGUGCCAUGCAGCUUGUUCCUGUCCCCACACUUUGUACCAUAACUCUACUAUUGUGAUGGGUGCCCAUGUGAGGUGUUCAUAUUUGAGCUGUGAUGUUUUGUGCCAUACAUCUAUGGAGGCCAUGGGUGAUUUCAGCAGCACUUGUAGGAUUUCCUUCAGAGCGCUGAUCGUUUCUUUUAUUAUAAGGUGCAAUUAUUUUCCUGGCUGGAUUAUCUGGUGCGACCAGACAUCAGGUGGCCAAUAUUGUAGGCCAGCUGCCCACACCAUAAAAACAGGCCACUCUGUUUAAAGCAGGUAGACUGGCACCAACCGAUUGUGUGUGCCCAGUUCAGAAACAAAACGGCUUUAGGAGGCAUUGAAGAUGGCAGACCUGCUGAAUGGAAACCCGUCCCUCACAGCAGUGCAGCGGGUGUAGAAGGCGGUGUGUCACUCAGAAGCAGGCUGAGGAUGGUGGGCCACAAUCAGUCCGACAAGAACACACACAGCUCGGCACCAACAGCAUGGAAAAGCUGACAGUGAAGAAGCACAAACGGCAAAAAGGAAAGAUUGUCACGGAUCUGAUGAAUCCUGUUGAUGAGUCGCCCUGACGGACAGAGCAGAGUUUGAACUGAAAGGCACAUGCAUCACAAUAACUGCCGAUUUUCCCCUGUGAAUGAGUGAGACUUGUGGUGGACUGGCACCUGUCCAGGGCUGACAAAUGCUGACCCCGACGAUCUAAAACUGUGACAGUUAUAUUUGUGUGAUUUUCUCCGACCUUCUUAGAUUAAAACUGUCAGAAGUGUUGGGUGAUAUACCAUCAAUUUGCCCUAAGUGACAUGUCAUGGCCAAAUAUUAAAGGGAACAGAAUGAGAAAAUGAGUGAAUAAAUGCACUGUCGUUUUAGAAUGUGUAAGCAGGAGUUCAUGUCUGGAAGUUUUAACAAAGUUUGAUUAUUUAAGGGAGGAACAAUUGGGGGAGGGGGAUGAAGUGUUCUUGGGUAGCUCAGUGCUGAAUCUUCACCGGUGUUUUAUAAAAGAAAUAAAAUACAAUUGGCACAAAUUUGGGUGACCACCACUGUGUGCCUUUCCACACAUCGAGGACUCGAUCUGCCGGCAAGCCAAGAAGAACCGACGCCGAAUCCUGAUAAGCAGAAUAGCGGACUCCCUGCACCCGCUCUUACAACGUAUAUCGUGUAGUCGGGUAUAUGCGACGGUAAGCGAUUACAAAACCAGCUACGGCACGAAGACUCCCGAGUGGCCUCUGAGACCGUAAGGAGCCAGAACGGAAUUCUUGAUCGGCAGGCGAGUUUCCGGUCGGGCUUGUCUGCCCGCAACACCCAUCAGGUACGAGCGGAAGUGGCCGCCGGCUACCCGAGUAAGAUUCAGGAACUGGUGAGGUGAGCAGGGGUGGUGUGAGCGGCGCAGCCGGAGGAGUGCGACAGACGGCGACAUGGCUGACAGGUCCGCGCCACUCCGCAUUCUGUGUCUCCACGGAUACCGGCAGAGUGCCGAGAUCUUUCGAGAGCGGACGGGCGCCCUGCGGAAGAUCCUUAAGAAACACGCGGAGCUCACGUAUAUUAGCGGCCCUCUGCGGGUCAGGCACCCCCCUCCUGGGCAAGCAGGGCAACCAGAAGGGCUGGAUGAGGACUCCCGAGGCUGGUGGUUCUCCAAUGCCCAGGAGCAGAGCUUUCAUGCUGAAGAAGUGUGCCAGUCCGCCCAGGGCUUGGAGGAGAGUCUGGAAGUCGUGUCACGAGCCAUGCAGGAGCAGGGACCAUUCGACGGGAUCCUGGGCUUCAGUCAGGGGGCGGCCCUGGUGGCCAUGCUCGUCGGGCUGCAGGAGCAGAGCGCUGACCCCCGGUUCCAGCCUGGCUUCAGAUUCGCCAUUCUCAUCGCCGGUUUUGCCAGCUUGUGUGAGCAGCAUGCCCGCUUCUAUGCAUUGCCCAUCCACCUGCCCACGCUUCACGUGUUUGGGGAGACAGACAAAGUCAUCCCCGAGGCCAUGAGUCGAAAACUGCUGCCAGCCUUCCAGGAGGCUGUGGUCUUCACCCACGCUGGGGGCCACUAUGUGCCAGCCACUGGGGCACAGAAGCAAAGCUACUGCCAGUUUCUUGAACGAUUCAUCCGAAAAUGAUAUUCUGAAAGACCUUCAUGAGGUGGGGUGGGCCCUGAGACUGGCAGACCAACAAGAGAGGUGGCGAAGCAGGAAAUAUCUGGGUGUAAUGAAAAUUAACUCUUGUAGAGCGUUUUUUGUUAUGAGGAGUGAAAGGUGCCCGCCAUCUUUACAAUUCAGUGUCACUGAAUGUUGUUUGGUAAACUGGCUCAGUGUGUGCCUGUGUACCCUGUGCUGGACUGGCAUCCCAUCCACAGUCCCCACCAGCUCCCUGGGAACCUGAACUGGAGAAGCUGUUCAGAAAAUGGAUGUGUAAAUAAAUAUGUGGAUGUUAUUGUUUAUUUUUUAUUAAGCAAUGCCCCUGUGCCAUCGCUUACCACCGCCGAAAUGUCAUGUGUGAUCUUUGUCCAUAAAACUAGACAGCAGGUUCAUAUCAACUUCAUCUUAACAAGUGGCCCCCCUGUGUCCCACAUUAGACACUCCAUGUGCAAGGCAAAGACCUGAUGUGUUGCAGCUCCUCUUGAAUUUGCCACCACCAUCUGUCCCAUGAGUCCAUGCCAGCUGGGAGUGUCUCUGUGCCUUCAAGUGUAAUCGAGUGUUGUAAGCCUUCCAUUUCUAUUUCCGAGACACAUAAAUCCCCUAUGAUGUCACAAGAUGUGAGAGCUUCAUCCCCAAACUUGAGCCAACUUUUUCGGGGUGAAUUUCUGCUUGGUUGGACCUGCAGACCCCAGGUGCAGACCCUAUGCAUGAAA